ACUUGAAAAUGUUGACUACAAAGAUACUUCAGUACCUGAGGAGAUAAGAAUCAGGGGCUUCAGAAUCAACAAAAUCGAGCAGAUCGAGAAGCAUUAUGGUGAACCUGGCAAGUUUGGCUUGACAGUUUGAAGCAAUAUGUGUCCUCUCAGCACAAAAGAUCUGCACAGGAUUUUCCAAAAGCUUGACAAAAAUAACGAUGGUCUCUUGAGUCUAGAGGAACUCAGCUGGCUUCUGGAGAGAAUCGGAAUAAAUUUCAGCCUGGAGGAGCUGCAGUCUUCUGUGGGAAAAUCGAGCCUCAACUUGGACGAGUUCUUGUUAUUUUACGACUCCAUAACCAAGCAAAAUGACGACAUAAAUGGGGAGAAGGAGGAGGAAGAGCAGGAUCUUGCUAAAGCUUUCAACGUGUUCGACCUCAAUGGGGAUGGCUUCAUUUCUUGCGAGGAGCUUCAGAGCGUAUUGGCGAGACUGGGAUUGUGGGAUGAAACCAGCGGAAAGGAUUGUAGAUAUAUGAUUCAUGUGUACGAUACAAACUUAGAUGGAGUUCUUGAUUUUCAAGAAUUCAAAAACAUGAUGUUGCAUGCUGAGUAGAUACUUCUUGUUCUUGUUCUUCAAUUCAUUCUUACAUCAUCAAUGUUCAGCUUAAUCUUAGUUUUAGAUUUUGCA